AUGCGAGAAUUCGGUUUAUAUUCGUUUGUUCGACCUGCAUUAAUAUCAUUUUCUCUCGUAUCAUUUAUCAUUGUUAUACAUUAUGAACGCAAACGAAAUACACCAAACUCUGGUGUAAGCUUUUACUAUUUAUUGUUGUUAAAUUUUGUUUGGAUAUGCUGUUGCUGGAAUCACACUGUUCAAUACAUAAAGCAUUUACAGAAUUCUACGAUGUUGUUCACAACAAUCAAUAAUACCUCUGUUAUUCCUAAUACUGCUACUAUUACACUUCCUCUUCAUUCAACUAUACGAAACAAAGAGAAUUUUCUUAACAUUUUAGAUUAUAUCAAUUUACUUAUCUCUUUCAUUAUUUUCAUAUUGAACUGUAAUUCAGAACGUCGUCAAUGUUUAAAAACUAAUAGAAUUAUCAAUAUAACAAAAAGAAUCCAAAUAUAA